AUGGGCCUCAGUCGCAGUUCACGAGGCUACUGGCGGGCGGAUUGCACGCACGUCUGCACCUCCCGCGUCCUUGACGCUGACAACAGAUUCUGGUGCGCACGCUGCGGCUUCGGCAAUAGGAGGCGCUGGGUAUAUGUCUGCGCCGAAGACCAGGAUCGGACUCUCAGCGACGGCUUCAUCCGCGGCCUGGCAGAGACGGGCUCCGACUUGUCGUCCGAGGCGUUGCAGCAGCAGGAGUUGGAGCUGCCCCUGAACGACUGGAUGAGCAAGGCCAUCGCGGACGGCCACUACACCGAGGAGGAGAUCGCGACACUCAAGCAGCAGCGGGCGUCCGUCCUCGAGGGCAUGCGCACGGAGGCAACGCGCAAGGCGGAAGAGCGCGAGCUGGCAGAGGCAGAGGCAGACAUGCUUGCAUGGUACGGUAUUCCACUGCGGCCGCCCCCGGGUAUCGCAGCGCCAGCAAGGGGCUCCAGCAACAGCAUCAGCGACAGAACCAACGACAUCAUCAGCGAGCACGACGGGCCCGUCGUCCCGGAAUGCCACAAGGUAUACUGCCUUCGCUGCCGGCCGAGCCACCACGAGAGAGCAUGGCAGAGCCUGAACGGACUGUGCAGCGAGAACAACGAGCUGCUGCUCCAGAAAGCUGCCAUCGGCCAGCCAGCCAGCAUCUUCGACAUCCCCAUGAGCGAGAUCAGGCGGCCGCUCCCUCGCCCGGAGCUCCCCGGGAACGACGAGGGGCGCGGCCAGGGGGUAUCGAUGCCAUCAUCCACGGCCGAUGCCUGGAAGGACUGCUGGUCGGAUCUCGUCUACGGCCAGCUCAACCGCAGGGACGGCCAGGACCACGACCAGCCAGAGAGGCCAAAGACACCAGAGAGACCAAAGACACCAGAGAGACCAAAGACGCCAGAGAGGCUGACGGAGCGCCCCUGUCAACCACCGAGACGGCCUCGACUGGUCCGGAUGCCCAAGUUCUGCGUUGAACACCGCUUGCGAUCUGCAUCUCUCGACCAGGAGGCUGCCUCUACACCGGACGAGCAGCCAGACAAGGACGCAGACAGACCCGGAGCGGAAGACGAGAUCACAGAAGAGACACAAAACUGA